AUGAUUUCAUUUCCAUCUCGAAUUUCAUUUAAAUUUUCAGUCCCUAUUACAUACAAAGCCAUACAAAUUAAAAUUGAGAAUCGGCGCAGAUUGGUGCAAAGUGAAAAAAAAAUUGACACAUUAAAUUUGUUUUUCGCUGUUUUUGCGUCAGCAGUUGAUAUCCAACUAAAAUCAGGUAUAAAUUAUAUCACAUCUCCUAUUGAGAUCACUGAAAAUCAUACUCGCAUCAUUGGUGAUAAAAAAACGAGAUUAGUUGGUGGCAUCAAAUUAUCAAAUUGGGCUAAAGUAUCAGACAAAAGUAUUUUAAACAGAUUAGAUGAAAGCAUUAGAAGCAAGGUAUAUCAAAUAGAUCUUAAAGAAUUCGGUAUUACAAAUCUUCAUCCCUUUUACCCUCGUGGAUUUGGAUAUGCAGCUCCAUAUUCACAUAACCAUUUAUAUAUUGAUCAACAACAAAUGAACAUCGCCCAAUAUCCUCGACUUGGUGAAUUUAUAAAAAUUUCUUCUCCAACAGAAGCGAUAUCAAUAGAAAAUGGCGUUGGAAUUAAUGAUUCUCGCAUAUAUACAUGGCAGUAUCAUCCUUAUAUCAUGGCAUGGGGAUAUUGGAAUCACGGUUGGAGUGGAUCGACUCAGAGAGUCACCAAAAUAGAUAAAAGUAGUCAAACGGUUUACUUUGAAGAAGCUAGAAAUACCACAGUUGCAAAAUCCGGCGAUUCAAUUUUAUUCUUUAAUAUCCUUGAAGAAAUUCGAUAUCCAGGUGAUUUCUACAUUGAUAACGAGACAAAGAUCCUUUAUUUCAUACCAUUUGACAAAAUUAAUUCAAAAACCGAAAUAUUUUUAUCAAAUUUAACUUAA